AUGAACCUUGUCAAGCCUGCCCUCCACGCGCGUGGAACAGGGCUGCGCGAUUCUUCUCUCAACUUCCCGGCUUUUUCAGGUUCCUCACUUUCAACAAAUUCUACCGUUUUUCUCACAUCUGACGUCAAUGCUGUUAUUGAAGAGCCCAUCUCCCUUUUAGUCUCUGCAGAUGACAGUGGGGCUCUUGGUGAGCAACACUCGUUGAAGAAAAGUGCAGCGGUUCUUUACGCCGGGGAAGUGAGACCUUAUACCGCAGAUGAGGUGCGGGCAACUGCAGGGACCGAAUUUGCGUCGGGGAAGGCGGUACAUGUUUUUCUAGGACACUAUCGCCAGUCUGCAUCCGCCAGUGGUUUGCAGGAAAGAAGUAUUAAGGAAGGUCCCGGUAGUAUGUACUUUGCCGAUGGAGGAUUCUUUCUUGGGAACUGGGUGAACAAUUAUCGAUGCGGCAUGGGUGCCUUCUAUUCCUCAUGUGGUUAUACCUACGAGGGUGAAUUUGAGGAUGACUUACCCCAGGGGCAUGGUGUGGAACACUUCCCGUCGGGGGAGGUAUAUGUUGGUGAAUUUCUCGAGGGGCGACCUCAUGGCCGUGGAGUGACGUAUUACCCUCGCAAUGGCUCCAUCUACGUUGGUGAGUAUUCUCGAGGUGAAAAGCAUGGACGUGGGGUGAUCUUCUACGAGAAUGGGGAUGUCUUUGAGGGAUUCUGGGUAGGCGGCCGUCGCUCGGGUGAAGGAAUCUCGACGUUUCUAGAAACGAGAGAUCGAUUUAAUCAAAGUAAGCGUUGCAAUUUUAGGCGAUGUGUACGGGCUCAAUGGCACGGGGAUAAGUGCAAAUGGGAGACGGUGAGUAGCGAUCCGACGCAUGAGGCUCCGUCGCUGAGUCGAUACAUUGAUGAAGGUCUGGUUAAGCCCCUUGAGAAACUUGAAAUUCCCUUUGGAUGCAGUGUUGGGAAUUUGUACAUGGCGCAUGAACUUGUAAGAGAGAUACCGCCUGUGUUAUUACGCCGUGCGGAGCGCUGCUUUGAUCAUCUGGAUGCCAUGUGUACAGGAGAGGUGCCUUUUUCGACGCUUGUUGCAGCCCUUGAGUCCUCUUCGUCGAGAGAGGCUAUAGUGCAGUCCAUCCUCAAGGCAAUUCCACUCUCUUAUGCAGCUUCACGCGAUGCUUCUCCGACUGUACAUUUGGAUUUUGCGACCUUUCUUCGAGGUUUUUUUCCUCAUAUUAGCGAGGCCGACAUUCAACGCCAUGUAAUUUUUGAAUUACCGCUGGAGAAGCUAUUUCGUUUGCGUGGGGUACUUGCGGGGAUGGUUUCUAGUAAGAAGGACGGAUUUUUGUACCUUACGCAUGGAUUCCAGGAAGACGCGUUGUUUCAUAUUGCUUCACGUGAGUGUGACGGCAUGCGUCAAUUUGCAGUUGGAGGACCUGAGCAGACAAGAAGGGAAAGUGUUACCUCUGCCGGUGCAGCUCAACUUACCAUGGAGGAGUUGAAUGCAGCCAAGGGUUUUUUGGGCGGUGUGCGUGUACCACAUGGUCUUUUUCUUUGGAAGAAGAUAGUGAGUGGCAUCGAUCGACUCAGUUUUCGGGAGCUGCUCGAGGGGCUUUACCCGUGCGUCACCUUACAAACGCUGCGCCGGUGUGAAUUAACGUUUUUUUCGACGCACGUGUUUCAGGGUUACUUGCAGGCCUUUUCAAAGUUGGAUGAAUUUCACUUGGGCUCACUCUCCAUACAAGCGAUGGAUGCUGCACAGCGAGAGUUUUUGGCGGCUCGAGCGAAGGGCCACGAGCGCAUUCCACGACCAGCGAAUGCGUUGGAGAAGUUCGUACUCUCUGGACGACGACGUUCUCUCGUGCAGUGGGAAAUCGCUGACAUCGCACUGUCGGUUCCUUUUGCAAAGUACAUGGACCGAUCGAAGAGUGGAUCGGUGACGCUUGCCGACAUAUUGCGUCACGCGUACCCAAAUGUGCCAUGUGCGGCGACCAGAGCCCGCCUCUCACUAGCCGCGUUACCGCCUCGCCGUGACCCUCACGUAACGGAGGGUCAAAUGAAUGGGACCGCCGCAGCGGGACGCCAAAAUUCAUCCGGCUCCUCAAUUUCACUUCUUCAGUGCUGCCGUUGCUGCAUCUGUACGAUGUGUGCCGCGCAUGGUCACCCGCUGGGUGCGUGUUGA